AUGGCCGGCGAGAAGGGAAAGGUCUGCUUGGCCUACUCAGGUGGUCUUGAUACCAGCACUAUUCUGGCCUGGCUCUUGGAGCAGGGUUGCUACCUCGCCAAUGUUGGACAGGAAGAGGACUGGGCUGCUGUUGAGCAGAAGGCUCUUCAGAUCGGUGCUGAGAAGAUGAUCAUUGACGAUCUCAAGCGCGAGUUCGUUGAGGAGAUCUGCUGGAAGGCUGUUCAGUGCAACGCCAUCUACGAGGACCAGUACCUUCUCGGUACCAGUCUGGCCCGCCCCAUCAUUGCCCGGGGUCAGAUGAAGGCUGCCGCCGCCACUGGACCGGCAAGGGAGCUUGCUUUCUACACAAUCAACCCCGAGAUCAAGGUCAUUGCCCCGUGGCGUGACCCUACCUUCUUCAACCGCUUCCAGGGACGCAACGACCUCCUUGACUACGCGGCCGAGAAGGGCAUCCCCGUCACCAGCACCAAGGCUAAGCCCUACUCUAUGGCUGGCAUGCUCGAGGACCCCGAUGUCACCCCUCCCGAGGACAUGUGGACCAAGACUGUCUCCCCCCUGAAGGCUCCCGAUACCCCCCUCGACAUCACCAUUCACUUUGACAAGGGUAUUCCCGUCAAGGUUGUCACUCCUCAGCAGACUGCCACCGACGAUGUCGAGCUCUUCGCCCUGCUCACCGCCAUUGGCAAGGAGCACGCCGUCGGCCGCAUUGAUAUCGUCGAGAACCGCAUGAUCGGCCUGAAGAGCCGUGGCUGCUACGACUCUCCCGCCAUGACUAUCCUUCGUCUGGCUCACAUUUCCCUCGAGGGUCUCGUCCUGGAUGGUAAGGUUCGCGCCUACCGCGACUUGCUGUCCAAGCAAUGGUCGGAGUGCCUGUACAACGGCUCCUACUUCAGCCCUGAGCGCGAGUUCUUGCAGCCGUCCCUGGACCACUCCCAGCAGCGUGUCAACGGCGAGGUCCGCCUCCGCCUGUACAAGGGCAACGCUUACUGCCUGGGUCGCAAGUCCGACGAGAAGCUCUACUCCGAGGAGGAUGCUUCCAUGGACUCUCUCACCACCUUCGACCCCUCCGAGACCGUAAGAAGGCCAUCCUCAGAAUCGAUCGAAGAAACUUGUAUACUAACGAGUUGUGACAGUCUGGCUUCAUCACCAUCAACGCCAUCCGCCUCAAGAAGGUACGUGUCAAACAAAUGCAUCGCACUUUUUGUGUUCACUAGCUAA